UGUAUUUUGCGCCGAUAUUCAAUAAUAAGUGGACACGUUUUCAAAAGUCUUCUUACUGGCAAUCUGCAAAAUAAUCAGAAUUAGCAAAUACCAACAAUAUUAUAUAUCCUGAUGGCUUGACCAUAUUUUAAUAUUAAGAAUGAGAGUUGACUAUUACGUUAUAUUCGUGUUCCUUGGUUGUGUACUUGGUGAAGAUUUUUACGAUAUUCUUGGAAUUGCUAGAAACGCCGACAAUAAGGAGAUAAGAAGGGCCUUCAAGAAACUUGCAUUGAAGCAUCAUCCUGAUAAAAACAAGGAAGAUGUCAAUGCUCAUGAAAAGUUUAUGAAAAUCAACAGAGCGUACGAGGUGUUGAAAGAUAAGGAUUUGAGGAAGAAGUAUGAUUUGUAUGGAGAAGAUGGCCUUAAAGAUGACCAUUUUGGUGAAGGGGAUUAUCAAAGUUGGCAAUAUUUCAAUGAAGAAUUUGGAAUCUAUGAUGAAGAUCCAGAAAUCGUAACUUUAGGAUACUCAGAUUUUGAAUCAUCUGUGCUCAAUUCGCAUGAAGACAUUUGGUUCAUUAACUUCUACUCGCCUUAUUGUUCACAUUGUCAUGAUCUUGCCCCAACUUGGCGUGAGGUUGCUAAGGAACUUGAAGGUGUUGUCAGGAUUGGUGCUGUGAACUGUCAAGAAGACUGGGGCUUAUGUAAUGAUCAAGGUGUCCAUGGUUAUCCCUCUCUAGUCCUCUAUCCAGGGGGUGAAUUUUACUCCGGCAGUCGCACCACUGACAGCAUUGUGAAGUAUAUCUUAGAGAAUUUGGAUGCAGUUGUUGUACAUCUCCGUUAUGAUUUAUUUGAUGCUGAGAUCGAAGCCUCUCAUCUUCCUUGGUUGAUCUCGUUUUGUGAUGAAAAUUAUGAAACAGAUUGUAUCUCGCACGAAACGCAGAUCAAAGUCUCGGCAGUACUCAAAUACAUGGUGACUGUGGGCUCAAUUGAUUGCGCUCAAGAGGCAGCAUUGUGUAAGACACUGGGACAAAGAUCUGGUCUUGUUUUCUAUCCUACAUACAACGUCACUUCAGAGAGCGCAAAAGUGAUCAACGAGUUUCAUAGUGAAGAUAUAAUUAAAGCUGUUCUCAGGCUACUCCCCUCUCUUAUUUCCGUGGACGAAGAUUCGUUCAAGACGGUUGGCGUUGAUUCAGAGUCGUGGUUGAUUCAUUUUGCUAUGGGGGAGGUUCAAGAGUUGGAGAUGAAAAAAUUACCGUCGCUGUUACCAGAGUUUCAAGUGGGUCAUGUUGAUUGCGUACAGCUUCCAAAUUUAUGUAAGACCCAUCAUGUUCAUAAGUAUCCAUCGGUUGCUCUCUUCAAGCCAAAUGGCGCGUACGAGUGGCAUCAUGGACGUUACACUGCUCAAGAUAUUGCAGUUUUUGCUCGAGAGACAUCUGCUUCUAAAGUACAUACCUUGGGCCCGGAGAGUUUUCCAAAUCCGGUCACAUCUGGCCAAGAAAACUGGUUCGUUGACUUCUUUGCACCGUGGUGUCCGCCAUGUAUGAGAUUACUUCCUGAAUGGCGAAAAGCCUCUAAAUUGUACAACGAUAAGAACGAUGAAGUUAAAUUUGGCACAGUUGAUUGUACAGUUCAUGCAUCAUUAUGUCAAAAGUACAACAUUCGUUCAUAUCCAUCUACUGUCUUCUAUAACAACUCCAUCCCACACUCGUUCCGUGGAGAACAUUCUGCCGAUAAUCUUAUCGAGUUUAUCGAGAAUACUCUACAUCCUUCCUCUAAAAUACUCACUCCCGAAUCAUUUGACACAUUGGUGGGCGGAAAGGCUCAGGGUGAAACAUGGCUUGUUGAUUUCUUCGCUCCUUGGUGUUCCCAUUGUCAAGACUUGGUGCCUGUGUGGAAUAAACUUGCUAAGAAACUAAAAGGGGAAGUACACGUUGCCACGAUCGAUUGUCAAGAAUACAACAAUUUCUGUUCGCGUCAGGGAAUUCGCUCAUUCCCGACGAUAAGAUUAUACCCGCAUACAUCACAGGGCAUACGAAGAUCGCUACACUAUCAAGGCUGGCAUGAUCUUGACUCGUUGUAUUCCUGGGUCUUUCAAUAUCUACCUUCGAUUGUUACCAAUCUCGAUUCCUUUACUUUCGAUGAAAAAAUGUUGGGUUCAAGUUCUCCGUGGAUUGUUGAUUUCUAUGCCCCGUGGUGCGGUCAUUGCAUUCACUUUGCGCCCCACUUUGAGAAGUUGGCUAAGAGAUUAGAAGGAAAGGUUGAACUCGGUAAAGUGAACUGCGAUGACCAUUAUGAUCUCUGUGUUCAAGCUGGAGUGAGAGCAUAUCCCACAGUCAUCUUCUAUCGUGGUCUCCAGGACGGACGGACUCAGCCCAGUCGAGGUUAUCAUACGUUUCGAACUCAAGAUAUUGAUGAAAUGUACGAAACCACAAUGUCCCUGUUGAAAAAAUCGCGGAAGAAAGUGAAGAAGCAGAGUCAGAAGAAAACACCUAUUCACGAUGAAUUUUGAAGAAGUCUAGCCAGUUGGUGCCAUUGGGGAUGCUCAAAGCUCGUUUCUUUUAACGAAUAACCUGGCUAAAUGAUAGUUAGCUAAUUAAUGUAUUUUCUAUGAUGAGUUGGUCGUUGUUGAAUAUUUGCCGAUAGUAUGUGGAGUGGGGGACUGGGGAAGCCUUUAUACGGCAAUGGGCUGAUUUUUUGAAUGUGGACCAAAAACGGUCUUCGUAGGUUGUUGAUUAUGUCUUGUGAUCAAAAAAUCUGUUUUCCAUCCAAUGAAUGAUACAUUAACGUAGGGUCAACAACAGUCAACUUUGUCUCCUGUUACUUUCAACAAAAUUUUGAAGGACUGGACACUUUCUUUUUGCUGACGUAUUUGACCCAAGAACGUUACACAUACAGCAUUAUCAUAUACACGAAGUUUUGUUGAUAUUAUUUAUAGAGUUAGAUAUUGAAACAAUAAACAAAUACAUGUAAAAAAUAA